CUAGUCAAUCAUGUAACUCGAGGUGUUACAGUCCGAAACAUGACCCAGUAAUAGCACACGAAGAUAAAAGAUAGAUGUACAGAAUGAGAACCCCGCGAACAUUGAACUAGUGACCUCACAACUUUUUCAAUAGGAACUACCAACCCACACCCACAAUUAAGAAAAUCAAAUGUCGUUAUUCAGUCAAGUCGUGCGCAGCAGCUUUCGCGCUGGGAUGGGAGGACAUCCCUCGAUCUGCAGAGUGGGCCUUCUAUCUCGAUCCAUACAGAGCGCGCCAAAAUCAGCCUUUGGCGGUAUUCGACGAAGGUUUUCCUCAGGAAUGAGCGAGGAAGCUUUUUGGACCUCACCGGACCUCAUCGGAAAGACCUUCCUUGUCCUUUAUGGUUUUUUACUAAUUGUAGUAGUACUCGAGGUACUUCGGGUCCUCGUCGUCCUAAGUACAUUCUCAUUCUCAUUCUUGUCGAAACACAAGAAGCACCCUUUGAUGUUCCAAAGACCUUCCGAUACCUUUGCAGACAAUCCCCCAUUCCGCAUCCUUCCGAUACCUUCCCAGACCAUCCCACUACAUCCCCCAUAAUCGUAAUAUCAACCAUCACGUCCACCUCUCCUCGCUCUUCAUAUUUUCCUUUUCGCCUUUCCGUUGUACCGAUACGGCAAGGACAUCUACUGGACCCAGUGUAUGCGAAGCUUGAACCGGUCCGAAGUGAUUCAAGACCGGUAUGACUGGUUGCAACGCAGCAUGUUGCAGGAUGAAGUCGCGGAAGUUGUGAGCAAACAAGCACAAAAAUAUGAGAUAAUUGCAGCGUAACCGUAACAGUAACUAGUAGAUCUAGGCAACACGGCUAGGCAACAGGAACGUCCUUCUCGGUUACGUCAUAUGCUAUAUCUGGACAACAAGUUGUUCAUCAGGCGUGGUGUGGAAGAUGGCAUUGAAGAACCUGGCUCCUUCGUCAUCACCAUGUUCGUUGACUCCUCCUGCAAUUGUAGACUUUCGCACCAAGCGCACCUCUGGAAAUUGCAUCUACUCAUGAACAAGAUGCUGGAUCCUUCUUAAUCGUAUUAGUAUUUGCUCAUCCGUGUGGACGUGGAGACAAUGAUGUGCUGUACCCGAGCAACAGGGCUUCUGCAUUCUUGAGAUGCAGAUGGAAGCUGCGUGUGUGC